UCAGUAGCUGGGCGACACAGUGCGAAUGAAGGGCUGCAUUUUGUAUGUCCGUUAAUAGUUUUACUUAGGUUAUGUCUAGAUUUUACUGUAAUUCCGUUAUUGGCUUCAUAAAUCAUAUAGUCUAUGGUCGUUUAAUUUGUGUUUGAAUGGGCAAAUGCAUAGCAUUGCGACGACUGGUUGCGAUAGUGACAGCUAUUAAAGGAAUAGGAUGACGCUUAAAGGCUCGCUCGGUGUAAUAUGUGCAACUACAUAGACACUAAACAUGCUUUCUUUUUCUUAAAUAUCGUUGACUCACUUAUCAUUCAAGAAACCAGAGCUAGCGAGUAAAGCAUAGCUUUGAUGUUUGAUUGCAGUGGCUGAAAAACUGAUUUCAAACUGAGAUAAUAUAUUUUUUAUAUAAAGAAAUAGAGUAAUUAUUUGCUAUUUCGCAAAUUGAAGCCCAGUGUCGGCUGGUGUUGAUGGGCAAAAAAUAUUUUUAGACUUGUCCGGUAGCCUACUGUUGGCUUGAGAGAUUUAGGCCGGAGGAGAUUUCGACUGCAAGGUAGCAGAUAAGAUGGGGUCGGUGUUCCGAAGUGAGGAGAUGUGCCUGGCACAAUUGUUUCUACAGUCCGGUUCUGCUUAUGAUUGCAUAAGUGAACUUGGAGAAAUGGGUCUGGUCGAGUUCCGAGAUCUCAACCCCAGCGUCAGCUCGUUCCAGCGCCGUUUCGUCAGCGAAAUCAAGAGGUGUGAGGAGAUGGAGAGAAUUCUGGGGUACCUGUUAAGGGAGAUCCGAAAGGCCAGUAUAGCUGUCCCUGAGGAGGACGACAGUCCUGUCGCCCCUCCCCCUAAACAAGUCCUUGAAAUCAUGGAGCAGCUGCAGAGGCUGGAGGUGGAGCUGAGCGAGGUGGCCAGGAACAAGGAGAAGCUCCAGAGGAACCUGCUGGAGCUGACCGAGUACACACACAUGCUGAGGAUCACGCGCACAUUCAUACACAGCAGCUCUCGGCACGAGGCCCUGGGUCCCCAGUAUGAAGAAUUCCCCUCUACAGAGAUGGAGUCUGGGACAGGAUGCACCAACAUGCAGAGACUGGGAGCCAAGCUGGGGUUCGUCUCCGGUCUGAUCCAAAGGGUGAAAGUGGAGGCCUUUGAGCGCAUGCUGUGGAGGGUGUGUAAGGGCUACACCAUCCUCAGCUACGCCGAGGUGGACGAGAGCCUCGUCGACCUGGACACGGGUGAGAUCAACGAAAGUGUCGUGUUCCUCAUCUCGUUUUGGGGCGACCAGAUUGGACAGAAGGUUCAGAAGAUCUGCGAUUGCUACCACUGUCACCUUUACCCCCACCCUGAGAACGACGAGGAGAGGGUGGACGUGAUGGACAACCUCCGGACACGGAUCCAGGACUUGAACAACGUGUUGCACCGCACGGAGGAAUACCUGAAGCAGGUACUCCAGAAGGCCUCCGAGUCGGCCUUCACCUGGGUGGUGCAGGUGAAGAAGAUGAAGGCCAUCUACCACAUCCUCAGCCUCUGCAGCUUCGACGUCACCAACAAGUGUCUGAUCGCAGAGGUGUGGUCUCCCGUCAGCGACCUGACGAACCUGCGGGGGGCGCUGGAGGAAGGAUCGAGAAAGGGAGACGCCACCGUUCCGUCUUUCGUGAACCGCAUUCCGAGCAGCGACACUCCGCCCACCCUCCUCAGGACCAACAAGUUCACGUCUGGGUUCCAGAGCAUCGUGGAGGCGUACGGCGUGGGAGACUACCGCGAGGCCAGUCCAGCUCCAUACACCGUCAUCACAUUCCCUUUCCUGUUUGCGGUCAUGUUCGGGGACCUGGGGCACGGGCUGGUCAUGACGAUGUUUGCCCUCUGGAUGGUUCUGACGGAGAAGAGCCACAAGCGCAAGCGAUCCGACAACGAGGUCUGGGUGAUGUUCUUCCAAGGCCGCUACAUCAUCCUGAUGAUGGGCCUGUUCUCUAUCUACACCGGCCUCAUCUACAACGACUGCUUCUCCAAGUCCCUCAACAUCUUCGGCUCAGGAUGGAGCGUGAAGGCCAUGUUCACGGAGCAGCAGUGGACGAAUGAAACUCUCCAAACGAACCCUGUGCUCACGUUGGACCCCAACGUUUCCGGGGUUUUCCGUGGACCAUACCCCUUUGGAAUCGACCCUAUCUGGAACAUGGCCGUGAACCGCCUGUCCUUCCUCAACUCCUACAAGAUGAAGAUGUCCGUCAUCAUCGGCGUGGUGCACAUGAGCUUCGGGGUGGUGCUCAGCGUUUUCAACCACCUGCACUUCCGGCAGAAGUUCAACGUCUACCUGCUGUUCCUCCCAGAGCUGCUGUUCCUGCUGUGUCUUUUCGGCUACCUGGUCUUCAUGAUCCUCUAUAAAUGGAUGGCGUUCGGAGCCCGAGAUUCCCGCCUGGCUCCCAGCAUCCUCAUCCACUUCAUCAACAUGUUCCUCAUGCAGGGGGGGGACAACACCCCUCUCUACCCUGGACAGACAGGGCUGCAGAUCUUCCUGGUGGUGGUAGCUCUUCUGUCUGUGCCCGUGCUGCUGUUGGGAAAACCGCUCUACCUCUACUGGCUGCAUCGCGGGGCAAAAAGCUUGCGAGGACGCAGGGGCUAUGAGAGAGUUCGCCGUGUGAGUGAGGACGACAUGUCCACGGCACCAGCAUACGACGAAGACGAAGAGGAGGGCCUCGACGACCUCAUGACCAGCAGAGAGACCGCACGCAAGAAGUUUGACUUUGGCGACGCCUUCCUGCACCAGGCCAUCCACACCAUAGAGUACUGCCUGGGCUGCAUCUCCAACACGGCCUCCUACCUGCGUCUCUGGGCCCUCAGCCUGGCCCACGCUCAGCUUUCUGAGGUGCUGUGGGCCAUGGUGAUGCGUCUGGGCCUGAGGGUGACCUCCAGACUGGGGGUGCUGUUCCUGGUGCCUGUGUUCGGCCUGUUUGCCCUGCUCACGGUGUCCAUCCUCCUGGUCAUGGAAGGCCUCUCGGCCUUCCUCCACGCCCUCCGCCUCCACUGGGUGGAGUUCCAAAACAAGUUCUACCAUGGAACUGGCAUUAAGUUUGCCCCCUUUGAUUUCUCCGUCCUUCCCUCAGUCUUGGAGCAGGAAGGCCUGCUGUGACCACACUGAGCGAGCCACAACAAGGCAGUGUUUUAUUGCCGGGUGGGUUCUUAGAGUGUGAAUGUGGAGGCCCACUGUGACAACCAUGGUAGAAUGCAGUACACAGACUGAAACUCCCUGUUGUGCUGGGAAGACAUGUAGCAACAUUUUCACCUAAGACUUUUUUUAACAGUUACAGGCUGCACUGACCGCCUUCUAUCGAUGAGACCAUAUCCAGCGAACUCUGAACUCCGUGGGGUACAAAAUUACUGUUUAUGUAUGUUGAUACUUUGUAAUAAUAGGAUUAUUGCUGCUUAUGUAUUGGCUACCUAAUGCCAGUUACUGUUUGUGAAUUUAAGGACUUGAUUAUGAAUCAGUUGUGUAUAGGAGUUUUUUUAAUACUUAUUUAUUAUUUAACAUAUUUAUCCGAGACAAAUGUAAAGUUAAGAGCCCUUAACCCUUCUGAGUAUGUACAGGAAGUUAUAUCAAGCGUCCUGUCUGGUGCCAUUAGAAUGUCUUUGUAAACGACACACAUGAAAACCAUUGCUACAGAAAUGCACAUUAUCCACGUGAAGAAAAUACUGCUUUUGGUAAACCUUCUUUGGUAUGAGAAACUACUACUUAUUUUUGCAACAGACGUUAUCACUUUCCAAACAGAAAUGCAGAAAUGAUUGUAUAAUAAGAAAAAUCAGCGUUUAUAUUGAUGAUUACUGUGCUUAUGCCAAACGGAAGUGAUUUUAAGAGUGCUGGAGACUGUAAAUGUUUUUUGUUCAUUUUUAUUUGAUCGUUUCUGAUGUACUUUUAGGAUUGUAAAAAUGUUGUUGGACAUGAGUGAGAACAGACGCACCAGAUCAGAUGACACUGCGUUGGCAGUUGCAAUAAGCUCUCCUCGUGCCAUAAUACAGAAUGCGUUGAGGCAAGGACUAAAUGGCGUUAAUAUUUCUGUCUGUAUGAGAAAUUGUAUUUAAUCUUAUUUAUUAACCCCAUUUAAAUGUGAUGAGUGAAGUUGGAAGUAAUGCCAGCAAAUAAAAAGUCAAUGCACAAGAUAAAUAAACACAUCCUAGGGA